AUAUAGAAUGGGAACGGCCAAGGGGAAUCCCCGAAACUCGGGCCAUCAGGGCGUUACUGGGUCGACGCAUGUAUCCCUCCGCCAGCGCAGUCUGCCAUUCUCGCCCUGCGUUGUCCAAGGUGGUACGCAGUUUCGAACAUGAGCGGAGAGGUGUGUAUUUGAGGUGAGGCCCCUUCUUGAAAAUGGCGACGGAGACGAAGACGACCCCACCCCCCGGGACGGACCCCCCACCCCCCUCUUACGACCCCGAAGCCCAGCGGCUGAGGAAAGAAAACGAGAGGCUCCGCGAAGAGAACGAGCGGUUACUGUCGCGGGUACAGGGUGUUCAAGUGUUGGGUGAAAUCCUACAUGACACAAAAUGCGAGGCAAACGGACUACGAAACCAGGUCGACGAACUCAGAUCGAAACUGUCACUGAGAUCCAACGGCGAGUCGUCGGGCGAACACACUCCCGAAACUCGCGAGGACACCAAGCCGGAAACCUCAGAGGAAGGUGGAAAGAGUCCUGACACAAAAUCACCACAGACAGAAGAAGCUGUGAAAUCCGAAUCCGUUAAAGAGACUGAGACCGAGACCAAGGAAGAGUCGGUGGCCGAAGAGACAGACCCAAACCAGGAGUUCGUGUUUGUGUCCUCAGAGGAGAGUAGUGAACUGACCAUGUCAUCCAAGGGGACGCUUAGCUGGGAACCCGAGCUGAGAGCGGACAUCACAGCCCCGUUGCGGGAGGACAGCCCGGUGUUGUCGCGACAGGUACUUGACCUGGAGGCGGCGCUGGGGGCCGGGAGUGACCGGUCGGGCGUGGCCGGCACACUGGCGCGGUUCGCCGUCGACGUCAUGAGGAGAGAGCGCGCUUACAACAUACAGGAGGCCCUUAUCCAGAGCAUGUCCGAGGAGAAUGAAAGACUGAAGGCUGAAUUCGCCGCCACACAGGAGGGAAAAGAUGCUUUGAUUGUAGAGCUCAGAAAACAGAACGAAGAUCUGAAGGCGCUGAACUACUUGUUGAAGCAGGAAAUCAGUCACCUCCAGGCCACACAGGACAGCCUGGGCCGGGGCUUCUCUCCCAUCGAGAUGGUCACUUCCGCUGACCUAUCAGACACACAGCGUUCAGAACCAGAGCAGUCCAAAAUGUGCGCCGUUCCCGUCAAGUCAUCGGUGGGUUCGACUGAUCAGGCUCCACUCGUCGCUGAGCUGAGAAAGAGGAUCGAAGAACUAGAAGGUCAGAAAAAAGAGAUUCUAGAAGUGAACAAGCAGUGGGACGUCCAAUACAAGGCCAUGAAGGCAGACAUGGGGCAGAAGGUUCGUGAGAUGGAGACAAGGCAGGAAGAGACGAGGCGGCAGAAUGCUGAACUCGUCAACGCCGAGGAGAAGAGACAGAGAGACAUCGACAGUAUGCUGGUGUCGGCCAAGAAGCGCAUUGAAGAAGAAGAGAGAGCGAAAGACAAGGCUGUGUUAGAUCUUCAGCAGGAGAAGCAGCGCGGGGACACCGUGUCCGCCCGGGUGACUCUCCUGGAGAACCAGAUCACAGACAUGAUGCGGCAGCGGGGCAACCUGGAGGCAGAGAUCAGGAGACUGAAUGAGGCUCUCGGUGAGGCUUCCAGCAUUGCCGUCCUGAAUCCUCCAGCUGUCCAAGCGGCAGAGCGGCAGCAGGCCCCGGCUCGUCCCGCCCAGCCACCGAGCCAACCGGCUCAACCCCAAUCCGCUGAACAACUCCGGACGGAGGUUGAAGUUCUUCGGGCUCAGGUGGCGACCUUUCGCGAGGAUUUUGAGAUGGAACGCCGGGACAGGGAGAGGAUGCAGGGAGAGAAGGAUACGCUGAAAGACGAAAUUGCCGCCCUCAGGAUGCACGUGGACACUCUUACCCAACAGGCCCGUGUGUACGAAGAAGAUUUCAGGAGAGAGAGAUCGGACAAGGAACGACUGCAGCGUCAGUUGGGACAAAUGCCACAGGGUGUUGGUGAAGACCAUCACUACAACAUUGCUCCCCAACAGCGCCAUGUUCCCCCACCCAAACUGUACCGGCCCCAGGCCCCACCCCCCUAUCGUGAAGACCCCCCUGCCUACCAGAACUACCAGUACCCCCCGCCACACCACCCGCCCACUCCUCACGAGCUGCAGCAGCGGGAGUUUGACAGGUACCGCCAGCACGGCAGACUUAUCCCUCGACAAUAUGCCCGAACACUCGGCCAGGAUGUUGUCGAUGACGCCCCACCAAGAGAUGAGGCCGUCGAGGAUCAUGGGAAAACAUACUUUCCUUGGGGUCACCAGUAGAAAUGUACCAAAAAUAUGUUACUUUAAGCAAUCCUGUUGUAUCACGUGGAGCCGUGCGAUAAGUCUCUUUACAAACCUGAAGAAAGAUUUCGGGAAGGAAUUUGCUACAUUGCUUUUGGUACAGGGCUGCUUAGAGCGCGUGUGUAUUUUUAAUAUAUGCCCGAGUCUACCUAUUUGAAGUCACCAAAGAUGAAAUGAAACAAUGCGUUGUGUUUCAAAUAGUUACCAACUUUUUUGUCUAGCAAUCUAUUCAACUAUCUUGGGAGUACAUUACAUUACUUUUGUACAGCUGCCUAUCAAAAUCUGUUCUUAGCCUUAGAUUUAGACAUUUUGACUAUUGCUCGAUCGUUUGUUUAACAAAUACAUCGGUGCAUUUCCGGUUCUGCAGUUUGAUUUAUGAUCUUACAGAAUCAUGUAGUUGGAUGUUUAAUGUAGCCGACUACUGUUACGUUAUAAUUUCAAUAUUCGAUGUCUGAAUGGCAUUUCGUCUACUCAUGGUUGGUAUUUAGUUUAACAAUAAUCAAGUGAACUUCUAUAUACUCUGAUGUAAAUGUUCGAGUUCUCAUACUUUUAGCCGAUAAUGUGCUUUAGUAUCUUACAUCGAAAGUGGGUAGGGGUGCACAUAGAGGCAUGGGUUAGAUCACAAUACAUGUAUGAAGCUCAUAAACUUGUAUAUAGCUUUUGCUCAGACCGUGCACCCAGCACAAUAAAAUUGUUUCAUUUCGAGUUCGUUUUCCACACUUUCGUCGCAUAACAUUUGAGAUCUCUAGUAGAUACCAUCUAUGGAAUCAUAUUAAAUUGACCAUAUCAUACAA